AUGGCACCGGCGCCAGAAGGUUCAGGCGGAGACCAAGCUGCCGCGGUGAAGGCUCCUGUCCAACAUGUGAUGUCGUCUGACAUGGAUAUGACCCGACACGACUUCAAAGUGAAGAUCUGUGGCGGCUACGAGGCCCAAAACACCACCAUCAGCUUGGGUUCAGGCAUUGCAGUUCAAAGUCGUGAUGGUCCAACUCAUCCCAGAGAAACCACCAAGAGUCAACCAGUGACCUUUGAUGGUGGCCAUCGUUAUGUGGUGCAUGCACCCCGGCCCUGCAGCAUUGUCGAUCGCUGUUGCCCGGAGCUCAAUGUGCCCAAUGUCUUGGUCAGUGUCUAUGACAAAGAUGAACAGCUCGUCGGGCAGCUUGCAGGCUUGGAUUGUGGUGACUAUGUUUGUUGUGAGGACAAGGACAUUGCCUUGAAGAAGGUCUUGGAUGGCGAUGGAAAGCAACUCUUUGCCAUCCGAAGGGCCAGCACUUGCAUCGACAUGUGCCACUGUUUCGGUCGUGGCUGUCCCUUCGCCGCACGCUGCUUCGGGUGCUUUCCGAAGAUUUUGCUUCAAUGUCCACACGCCUGCAUUCCAAGACGCAUCGGAGAAAGUUGCAGUUGUGUGUGCAACACCAUCGGCAUCCGAAAUUGCUGCAUUCCUGAAGAUGACGGGUGGAGGACUUGUUGCCCUGGCCUCGCCAUGCAAUGCCAGAUGUGGUACGGUAUUUUCUGCUGCUGCUGCUCAAGUACAUGCCCCUUUGAAGUUUGCAUGGGCCCGUGCAUUCAGUUUUGUGAGUGUGAUAGGUGCUGUCAGUGCGAACUUCCUACGUGCACCUGGUGCAAAGUCUGUGCUUGCGAGUGGCCUGGCCAAUGCCUGAAAUGCAACUGUUUGUACCCUGAAGUGCCGUGCCUCGACGGUUGCUGCAUGAACUGGAAGUUUGACAUGGGACCUGGAAUAUGGCAAACACCCGUCGACCAGCCAGCAGCCGACAAAGCCAGAGUGAGCGGGGUGGUGAAACGGCACCAGCCCACUUUUAUGCAUGGCAUCGACUCCGUGAGUGUGGACUUUCUGAAGGAUGUGACGACGGCAGAGAGGCUCGCUUUCUCCUCCGUGAUGUAUUGGGAGAGCAUGAACCAAACUCCUUUCCUGACAGGAGGUAUGACACUCUCACGUUGGGAGACAUUCAAUCCUUUCUUGGACGAGAAGAUUCCUUACAAAUUUGAAGCUGGGGAUCUUGGGACGAAUCAGCCUGUUGAUCUACCCGCAGCGCCCUGGAUCUCAGCGUCCGAUCUCUGCGUGUCGCCAGCGAACCGCUGCGCGGGACGUCCGGCGCGGGACCUCUGCACGGUUAUGGGGGAAGUGACGAUGCGGUGGCAGCGCAAGGCCUUCACCUUCCGCGACGAGACCUUUCAGGUAGAGCACUUUGAUGUGGCGGAAGCAGAGUCUUCAUCUUCCGGUGAUGAUGAGGAGUCUCUCCAAGCUCGGCUUCAGCGACGUAAACGGGAAGCUCAACUGCAGCGCUGUGAAGCAGAGCUUGGCGCUUGCCUUUGGAUUGACACGAACCGCGCCGCUCUGCGGCUCUUGGAGGAGUGGCGCUCCAGUUACCGCGGCCUCCGCACGUUGGAGCUGGGUGCCGGCGCCGGCGCGUGCGGGAUUGCUUUGGCCUAUGAUGGCGCCACGUCCACGGUCUCUGAUGUAGAGGCGCUUCUGCCUCUUCUACAGCGCAAUCUGGAGCUGAACGAGUUUCUUGGAGGCCACCGGAGUGGUCCCGCAAGAGGUCGAGGGCAUCGUGCCCACGUCGAAGAGGAAGUCCAAAGAUCUGCUAUGAUCUGA